CUCUGCGGCGAGUGAUUAUGGCCUCCUGCGCCCGGCUCACUUUGGCCCACUGGACCGCCGCGGCCACCUUUCUGGUCGCCGCCACCUACCUUGCAGGAAUCCCAUUAUGCAGUGGACAAUUUGAGGCGCAGCGGCAACUGCGGCAAGUUUUACCCGGCGACAUGUUCCUCCAGGACAGAGACAACAAGACGGACAUCUCGUCCAAGGCUGGCUGUCUGAAGAAGAACGAAAAGCUGCAGUGUCCUGACCCUGACAUUCGGUUUUAUCUCUACGUCGGAACCUCAGGAGAGGCCGACGAAAUCAACACGACCGACCCUGAGUGGUUUGCGCAGAGCCAAUUCAACCCUGACGCACCCACGGUGAUGCUCAUGCAAGGAGGUGGCGACUCGAUACCAAUAAUCGUUUUAAAAAAUGCCUACAUCAAAAGAGGAAUCUACAACCUAAUCAGCGUGGAUUACGGCCCAUUGGUGACGGAUCCGUGUUAUGUGCAAGCGGUGAACAACCUGAAGCCGGCGGCCAAAUGUAUCAGCCACAUGAUCUCCUAUUUCCAACUGAACAAAGAAAAAUUUACUUGCGUGGGAUUCAGUUUAGGCGCCCAUGUUUGUGGACUGAUCGACAAUUACGUAACUGAAAAACUAAGGAGAAUCAUUGCUCUGGACCCUGCUCGUCCUUUGCUGUCCAACCGUCGGGACAACGAGAAGCUGGACCCAAAGGACGCUCAGCAGGUGGUGGUGGUUCACUCCAACACCGGUUUCUACGGACAGACAGGCUCGACGGGCACCAUCGACUUCUGCGUCAACAACGGCGCGCAGCCCUUCUGCAAAUAUACCAAAGAUGAACAACUUUGCAGUCACCUGCACUCCAUUUGCUACAUGGCGCAGAGUUUGUGGCAAGAAAAGGCUCAAAUGGGCGAGCCCUGCCCUAGCCGGUGCCCCCAGAACAACUUCUUCGAUCGCAGAGGCAUCCCUGUCCUAAUGGGCGAAUACACACCCUCAUAUGCCACUGGAAGUUUCUGCGUGAAAAAUGAAUUUCCUCCCUAUUGCUUGGGCGCUGAUGAAACUGAUCCUACGUUUGGGGAUGAAUGGUGCUGUCCCGUAAAUAAAACAAGAAAACCGGAUCGGACAAAUUCUAAGCUAAAGAUGAACGCAACAAAGAUGGAAGAUGUGGAACUGAUUUGAAGACGAUUAUCUUUACUGAAAAAAGGUUUUUCACCUUUAUUUGCUUGUCUAAUUAAGAAAACAUAAUUUAUUUUUUACCUGUGAGGAUUUUUGUUACAUAAAAAGUUGACCAGAAAAUUAUUUGAACGGAAUAUAAGUUUGACCCCGAAAGUGAGAGUGUUUGGUGUUUUUAUAUUUACAUUUUCGCCACAGCCAAGAACUAUAUUGGUGCAAUCUGCGCUCCAAAUUAAAUUACCACUAAUCUUGAUAAAUGUUCCGCAAACUGAAACUUAACUCAACACCACGCCGGUUUUGACAAAUAAACACGCCAAUCUUGAUAGGAAUAUUAUCAAGAUUUGCCCGUAAUUUUUUUCAAAUAAAAUAGUUUUCAAUCUGAAAGUCGAGAUGGUCUUUAGUUUGAAUCAAGUUGCACAACGUAACAGCUUUAGACGAGUGGCAUAAUUAGCUGAAAAUAACUGGUGUUAACCGCGACGGUGUCGUCACUACCUGAUUAUUUGCAAUUUAAACCUGUGCAAUGCGCAAUGCGAGAGCGCGAUGAGUGGGCGAAAUGAGAUGCUUUUUGCUUUAAAGGUCUGGUACACUUUCAAUUUCAUUUAUAAAUAAAUUUACUUAAGUAGCCUUCCCUGUUUUGCAAAUGAGGUACAUAAUUGCAGGUUUUAAAUGGCAGAUUUUCAAUGAAAUUUUUAUUUAAAAAAUUAAGAAUGCGGUUAAAUUUAGCACUUAAAAUCAGGAAGGUGAAAACACUGCUCAUUUUUUCUUAAAGGUUUUGUAAACAUUUUGCAAAGAUUAACGACGACGCUUGAAGAUUUACAAUAUGCAUAAAAUAUGGUUCAAAUUGAUAAUGAAAAAUGAAAAUAAUAGAUUAAACUGAUUUGAAUUGGAAUUAAUUUUAUUGUAAUAAAAUGUGAAUUAUGGGUCAUAUUUUUUAACGUUAAUUUUGAAAAAUGAUAAAAAUUAAAUGAAAAAAAUAUGUUACUAUUCCAAAUUGG